AUGGCACCACGUACACCAACUCUCGCAAUCUUUGCUCUCAUCGGCGCCGUCACCUUCUUACUUUAUAGCAUCCUCACACCUCCAAAUUUCAGCUACAAGCGCUUCAUCUCUGGAAUGUCUCAGACGCAGUGGUCUUCACCGUACUCUGCUUAUCUGCAGCGUGCGGACCCCCAACCCGACUUUACACCCACCCGUUCAGCACUUCAGCUCGCAGUUCUUCGCAACUCCCCCGUCGAGCCAGAGGGAUUCACCUUGGCCUUGUUCUCGCCUCUCACUGCAAUCGAUGCCAAGGGACAUGUCUAUACCCUCCAACAAGGAGACUACGAAGGGAUUCUCGCCAUCGCGGAGCGCGUGAAGCUCCUGCCCAACACAGGCGGGUUCAGAAACACAUGGAGGGUGUUGCACGACACAACCAGCAAGCCCAUCGAUCGCGUGCUUUCGCCGAAGACCGCCUUAGGCGAUGCCCCAUCCUCCGAGGGAUAUGAAGCAGAAUACGUCGAGACAAGCGUGUAUGGGUUUGAUAAGACGCGGAGGCAGCUGAAGGAGCCAGUCGAUGAAUAUACGGAGCUGCCUGACGAGCUGUGGGAGCUGACGGGCCUUGCUUGGGAGGCGCGGGAGACGUCUGGCGAGAGGGACGAGUUGGCGCUCCAGAAGGUCCGGGCAGUCCUUGUGGACGCGUUGUAG